CAUAUUGUGUCAUAUUCAUCAAGAGCACUGCAAAAGCACUCUAAAUUGGGGGGAAAAAAAGCAUUACCAAACACCAAAUAAAUAUGUCUCUGAGUAACUUUUCAUCACUCAUUCUAAUAACUUUGAUAUUGGCCACAUCAGCCCUGGUCUCCGAGAGCCGGGUCGCAAGAAAAGACUUGGGUUUGGACCUCGGCGGGAUAGGGAUCGGUGCUGGUAUUGGCAUAGGUAUCGGUGGAGGUGGAUCCGGAUCCGGAGCUGGUGCCGGGUCUGGAUCCGGAGGAGGAGGGUCAAGCUCUUCUUCCUCAUCUAGCUCUAGUUCUUCUUCCAGCUCCGGUGGUGGAGGAGGUGAUGCAGGAUCCGAAGCUGGAUCCUACGCCGGAUCACGUGCCGGGUCUGGUUCGGGAGGACGUUCCGGGUCAGGCCGUGGAAGAGGAAGUGGAGGAGGAGGGGGUCACGGUGGAGGAGGUGGAGGAGGAGGGGGUAGAGGUGGAGGAGGUGGAUCCGGUAACGGAGGAGGGUACGGUGAAGGCGGUGGAUAUGGUGGAGGAUAUGGUGGUGGCGACGACUGAAUAAAGAAUAUUGCAUGCAUGCAAUAUCACAUCGGUGCAAUAUUGUGUUUUAUACGUCAUUAUAUUAUGUUAUUAGUAUAUGAAAAAAUAAAAUGCUAGAAAAGUAAAUUUUCUAAAGUGUGUGAGUAAAGGAGAUGAAAAAGGAUGAAUUCUAAUGUGUUUGGUUACUUAUUAUAUACUCUUCGAUAUUCGGAUUGGAUUCUUGGUGUUGUAUAUGUUUUACUUUUGUACUAUAAGUUGUAAUUUCCCAAUUUAAAUAGUUGAGAAAAUAAAUGUUAUGUAGCAUUUGUAUUC